CAGCGGUGAACAGUCGUCGCCUUUCAUUUCCUUGCCCCCAAAAAUCAACAAAUCUCUCCUUUCCCCUACCAAAAUCUCCACCGGCUGCUUUUCAGACCCGACGUCGCCUGUUGUCCACCUUCGACCUUCUUCACUUCUUUAUCGUCAAAGUCGUAAACCACCAUCCCAGUAAAACCGCCAAAAUGCGUGAGAUUGUCCAUCUUCAGACCGGUCAGUGCGGUAACCAAAUUGGUGCCGCCUUCUGGCAGAUUAUCUCCGGCGAGCACGGCUUGGACAGCAAUGGCGUGUACAACGGCACUUCCGAGCUCCAGCUCGAGCGCAUGAAUGUCUACUUCAACGAGGCUUCCGGCAACAAGUAUGUUCCCCGCGCUGUCCUCGUCGAUCUCGAGCCCGGCACCAUGGACGCUGUCCGUGCCGGUCCCUUCGGCCAGCUCUUCCGCCCCGACAACUUCGUCUUCGGCCAGUCCGGUGCUGGCAACAACUGGGCCAAGGGUCAUUACACUGAGGGUGCUGAGCUCGUUGACCAGGUCCUCGACGUUGUCCGUCGUGAGGCCGAAGGCUGCGACUGCCUCCAGGGUUUCCAGAUCACCCACUCCCUUGGUGGUGGUACCGGUGCCGGUAUGGGUACCCUUUUGAUCUCCAAGAUCCGCGAGGAGUUCCCCGACCGUAUGAUGGCCACCUUCUCCGUCGUGCCAUCGCCCAAGGUUUCCGACACCGUUGUUGAGCCCUACAACGCCACCCUCUCCGUCCAUCAGCUUGUUGAGAACUCCGACGAGACCUUCUGCAUUGACAACGAGGCUCUCUACGACAUCUGCAUGCGCACCCUCAAGCUCCCUAACCCCUCGUAUGGUGAUCUCAACCACCUCGUCUCCGCCGUCAUGUCCGGUGUGACCGUUUCUCUCCGUUUCCCCGGCCAGCUCAACUCUGAUCUCCGCAAGUUGGCUGUCAACAUGGUUCCUUUCCCUCGUCUCCACUUCUUCAUGGUCGGCUUCGCUCCCCUGACCAGCCGUGGCGCCCACUCUUUCCGCGCCGUGUCCGUUCCCGAGUUGACCCAGCAGAUGUUCGACCCCAAGAACAUGAUGGCUGCUUCCGACUUCCGCAACGGUCGUUACCUCACUUGCUCUGCCAUCUUCCGUGGCAAGGUCUCUAUGAAGGAGGUUGAGGAUCAGAUGCGCAACGUGCAGAACAAGAACUCGUCUUACUUCGUUGAGUGGAUUCCCAACAACGUCCAGACCGCUCUCUGCUCCAUCCCUCCCCGUGGCCUCAAGAUGUCGUCGACCUUCGUCGGUAACUCUACUGCUAUCCAGGAGCUCUUCAAGCGCAUUGGCGAGCAGUUCACUGCCAUGUUCCGUCGCAAGGCUUUCUUGCAUUGGUACACUGGUGAGGGUAUGGACGAGAUGGAGUUCACUGAGGCUGAGUCCAACAUGAACGAUCUCGUUUCGGAGUACCAGCAAUACCAGGAUGCUGGUGUUGAUGAGGAGGAGGAGGAGUACGAGGAGGAGGCCCCCGCUGAGGAGGAGUAGAACACCAACGACGUGUCCCCUCUACUGCCGGCGGCUGGCCCACAGGAUCAUGCCGGCGUUGAUAUUGAGCAUCAUCCAAUAGGCGGCUUGUCGACGGAUCGUUUGUUGGCUUAAGGAUGACUAACCCUGUUUGGAAGCGUUCUUGACGUGUAGCCCUUUUUUGUUGGUGGAUAAUGGAUUAUUGAUUAUAUCAGUUGGGCCCGCCGUUGAAAAAGCUGCUUCUGUGACAUCUUUCUUUUUGCCCCGUGCCUUCAGUUCUUUGUUGCGAUGGAGCCGGAGUUUCGUCGGUGGGGGGUUGAUCCGGUCAAAAUACUAGACAUGGAGGCUGGGUCCAUCUGGGAUGGCCUCCUUUUUUUCAAACAUAGUACAUUAGAAAAUAUAUGCGCACGCAUGGUGGUAAUUACCAUUGGAG